AUGAGUAAUCAACCGCAACUGCCCACGCCUGCACAUACGCAAGCUGAGUCAAUGCUGUCCCGACAGUUUGGACGAGAGACGGUGAAUUACUUCUCUAGCUCUCCUUUGAACCGCCUCUCUUUCCUGCGCGCCGACCAUCCCUUUCUGUCGGCCGCCCUGAAGCACCCUUCUACACGCUUCGUAAUCCUGAAGGAUCUGGCUCCCCUUACGAAGUCACCGGCUGAAUUGUACUGUGUGCAAUACGAGGAGGUGCAGAAGCUGGUGCCGGUAACGAUUUACGAUAAAUCCGAGGAGGAAAUCAUCAAGGAAUAUGACUCGCGGAGAACCAGCCCGCAGUUAGUAUUUCUGGGUUUGGAUGAGAGUUGUAAGCAGGGCGGUCUUUCCUGGAAAAUCUACACCGGAGCACCUUAUUUCGCGCUAGAUGUCACCCCGAAGGGCAGUGAAGAGCAACAAGCCAAUGCCAAAGAUGUGCUUAGUGCCCUUGAGGCCAAGGAAUUGAGCUUUCUCCAGGCGAGGGUGGCUAUGACCUUCUCGGCGGAUGAAGACUGGAACACUCGGAACACUUUCUGUGGUACCUGCGGCCACCCCACGGUCUCUGUGAAUUCGGGCACGAAACGAGCAUGCCCUCCCAUAGAUGCUGCGCGUAUCGCUGAAGGAAAGCCAGCCGAGCGACCUGCGUGCAACACACGCACUACCCUCUCAAAUCUGUCCUUCCCGCGUACCGACCCGACCAUCAUCGUGGCUGUUAUUUCUACUGAUGCCAAGCGCAUCCUGCUUGGUCGCUCUAAACGUUUCCCGCCGAACUGGUAUUCGACGUUGGCUGGGUUCGUCGAGCCAGCGGAGUCGGUCGAAGACGCUGUUCGGAGAGAAGUAUGGGAAGAGGCGGGCGUGACGCUUUCGCGUGUUAUCAUCCAUUCCUCGCAACCUUGGCCAUAUCCUGCCAACCUGAUGAUCGGGGCAAUCGCGCAGGUCAGCGAUCCCGCGCAUGAAAAGAUCAGCCUAGAACAUGAUCCCGAGUUGGAGGAUGCCAAAUGGUUCGAUGUUCAAGAAGUCGAAGAGGCUUUAAGGGUGGGGACCAGUUCUUUGGGAGAGAAAGCUGGCCCUGACUAUAAAGAAGGCGGGCUGCGAUUACCACCACCAACCGCCAUUGCCAAUCAGUUGAUCAGAGCAGCUACCAAUAUAGAUCUGUUCGCGGGGGAUAAUAAUUCGAAAAUGUAA